AUGACAGCUUUCGCAAGUAAUGCGCCACAAAUACAUGAGCUUGAGUAUCUCCAGCGCAUACGCGACCAGUCAGCUAGUCAUCCUGGUCAUGUACACGUUAUUCAACUGCGGGACCAUUUUCGCCUCCAAGGUCCCAAUGGCAACCAUCUCUGCUUGGUGACUGAGGCGCUGGGGGAAAGUCUCUACUCGUUUUCGAAGAGGUGGAAGAAUUGUCGUCUACCUAUGCCACUCGUCAAACGUAUUGCUCUGCAGACCGUGCUGGCUCUCGAUUAUCUGCACAAUUCCUGUGAUAUUAUUCACACUGAUGUAAAACCCGCAAAUAUUCUGAUAGCUAUACCCCCUGAUCAGUUCCACCCAUCCACGACUGCUGACAUCAAGAUGCAAGAGGACCCUGAUGGUCGUAUUAUCACCCUGUUCAAGUCUGAGCCUAUCCCAUAUCCUAUUCCCGGCAACGCGAACCUAAAUUCUGACCAUGCAUGGAUUACCUUCGACGUGAAACUAGCGGAUGUGGGGGUCGCCUGUUGGACCGACAAGGUCCACGAGCAUUUCACCCCCAUGAUUCAAAGUCCAGCUUUGCGUGCACCGGAAGUCUGUCUUGGCGCAGGAUGGGGCAAACCGGCCGACAUUUGGAGCUUUGGUUGCACGAUCUAUGAGCUUGCCAUGGGAGAGUCCAUGUUGCCAGCGGAUAUACAGCCGGAGUCAGUUCCUUUCUUGCACAUGCUCCUCUUCGGUGAUUAUCCGCAGAGCAUGGUGAAGAGGGGCAAGUACAGCCAUUUCUUCUUCAAUUCUGAUGGCUCUCCGAAGUUUGUUCUGCCCGAGCGCGAGCCACUCACUGUGCAGAUCCAAAAGCAGGGUUCACCUCCGGAUGCGGAGGCUUUCAUUGACUUCUUGAAGCUCAUGUUCAAACUAGACCCUGCAGAAAGGGCGUCAUGCGAGGAUUUGUUGGCUCACAGGUGGUUGGCGCAAUGA